ACUUUGUGUGACACGUCAAUGAUUGGCAAGGAAGGAAAGCCAAUUAUAAGCGUCAGGUGAGCCGCGUCGGGCGGGGCUUGUGCGCGUGUCGUGGGGAGAGAAGCGCAGGAGGGGAAGAAGCUGGCCUGCUGGUUGAAGAUGGCGGAUGGUGACAGUGGGAGCGAGCGCGGCGGGAGUAGCGGCGGCGGAGGGGGAGCUGGAAGCGGGACCGGGUUCCAGCACUUCCAGCGGGAGCAGGAGACACAGGAGCUGGCUUCCAAGCGGCUCGACAUCCAAAACAAGCGCUUCUACCUGGACGUGAAGCAGAACGCGAAGGGCAGGUUCAUCAAAAUCGCCGAGGUCGGCGCCGGGGGCUCCAAGAGCCGCCUGACCCUCUCCAUGUCCGUGGCGGCGGAGUUCCGCGACUACCUCGGCGAUUUUAUCGAGCAUUACGCCCAGCUCGGACCCAGCAGCCCGGAGCAGAUCGCUCAGAGCUCCGGGGGGGAGGACGGCGGGCCUCGGCGGGCCUUGAAAAGCGAGUUCUUGGUCCGGGAGAACCGCAAAUACUACCUGGACCUCAAGGAGAACCAACGCGGGAGGUUCCUCCGGAUCCGGCAGACUGUCAACCGCGGCCCGGGGUUUGGACUGGGCGGGGGAGGAGGAGGGCCGGGCGGAGGUGUACAAUCCGGGCAGACCAUCGCCCUCCCCGCGCAAGGGCUGAUCGAGUUUCGGGACGCUCUGGCUAAACUCAUCGACGAUUACGGGGGGGACGACGAGGAGCUGGCCGGCGGGGGAGGCGGCGGAGGGGGGGCCGGCGGUUACAGCGAGCUGCCGGAGGGCACUUCCAUCAUGGUGGAUUCCAAGCGCUUUUUCUUCGACGUGGGCUCCAACAAGUACGGGGUGUUCCUGCGAGUCAGCGAGGUGAAACCCAGCUACAGAAAUUCAAUCACCAUCCCCUUCAAAGCGUGGGGCAAGUUCGGGGGAGCCUUCAGCCGCUAUGCCGAGGAGAUGAAGGAUAUUCAAGAGAGGCAGCGGGAUAAAACGUACGAGAGGCGAGGCGGGGAGGAAUCGGAGGGAGACGACGUUGAGGACGAUUGACUCUGCCUUGGCUCAGCUGCUAAACCCCGGCUGUAUACGAGAAACACCCCCCACCCCUUCCCCUCCCAAUAGACUUUAUUAAAACUCCCUUCAAGAUUAUAACUCCGAGCUGACAAACGGCAUCAACGAGAGAGAAAUUUUAAUUCAACACGCAAAAAAAAAAACGAGGGGGGGGGGGGCAGUUUAAAAAUAAAAAUAGUAAAUAGGUGCAUGACGAAUCAAACAUUUAAAAAAGACAAAAAAAAAUCUUAUCGAGGAGUGAAUGCAGUUGACAACUGAUCUAAACAACAAAAAAAUAUUUUGUGGUUGCAAAGAAUUAUAUAAUAAUAAUACUAAAAAGUCUAUUAUAAAUGGGCUGCGUUUUUUUGUAGGUGGUAAAGAUGAUUAUUAUUAUUAUUAUUAUUAUUAUUAUUGGAUGUUCUGAUUCUGAAGUAGAUAUAUAUAUUUUGUUUUGAAUAUAAUCGCAUUUUAUUUUGUCACAAUAACCAUUUUUUUCCUCUGGCAAACCAGCAUUUGUUAUUUUUUUUGUAACCUGUGUGAAGUUUAACGAUGCGGUGGGUUUUUAAAUCCUUUUAAAAAAAGAAAAAAAGUUUAUUAAUUGAUUUUAAAAUAAACGAGAAGACAAAAAAAAUACCCACGCACCCCACCCGAGUACUAUAUACAGCCUGGGGUUUUUAAACUCGGAUAUACAUGUUGUGAUUUUAAAUGCAUCUUGCGGAUAAACAAAACCAGCAUCACGCGUGUGUUUUUUAAAAUCGUUUUUACACACGUUUGUCUUUCCGUGUCGGAAGCCCCAGAGGGUUUUGUUACACGAUCCCCAGCUUUCCUUUGAAGGAAAUGUUAAAAAUAAAGAGGGGAUCCCACGUGUGCACUCGGACCGCUAACAAUACCCGACUGUAGAGACAGCGUGGUCCGGGGGAGGGAUGCACGCUGGGGGCGAUUCAAAUGAACCGUGUCUGAAACGUUUUAAUAUCUACAGCUGCACCGUGUGCGAUGGUGUGACGGGCGAUGAUGUUACAAUAAUUGGGACAUUACGAUUUAUCAUUGAAAUGAAUAGAUAUACAAGUAACAAAUAGUCUUAAACUGCAAAACGUUUAACUGAAUUACUAAAGGGAGUUAAAAAUUGACUUUUCGCAGCUGUGAAGUGCCCCAGGCUCAACCUUUUUUUUUUUUUUUUUUUACUGCAAACGUUUUGAGGACAAAAUCAUUGGAUUUAAAAACCAGAAUGGAGAGUUUUGUUACAUAAAAAACCAACGGAGAUGACGUCAUCAGUAGCUGCCGCCGGACAGACAUGCGCACACGGAUGCAUGGAUGCCUGGACGGUUCUGUGACUUCUCUCCUGAAGAACAUUCAAGAAAAACAAAAAAAAAAACACACAC